GGCACUCUUUCCGGCAAAAGCCUCCCACACGUGGGGCCCGGAGAGUGAGGAGGUCACCGGGGUGGCUGCUGACAGGGAGUGGGCCCCUGAGUACCUCUACGGCACGGACGGGACUGCGGGCGGUCACGGCAACGACCCUUGCGGCGGCCGCGUAGCAGCGUGGAGCGUGGUCAUCUUCCAGCGCGCCCCCGACGGGCUCAAACAGGUCGGGUCCGCAUGCGGCGUCCUGCCGCCGGGCACCACGGUGCCCCAGGCCGAAGCUUACGCGAUCGCGCGCGUUUGUGCCCGCACCCCGGGGGUCGCGGACAUCACCACCGACUGUUUUGGGAUGUUGCGGCAGCAGAAGUCCUUGGUGGUCAACUGGCCAUGGCUACAGGGGGGCGAUCGCCGCGCGCACGCCUCACUGACGAGGUCACACGUGACCGAGGACGAAUUCCGCGCUGAAUUCGGGGAGUCCUCUCUCUGGAGGAAGCAGGUGAACGACGCGGCCGACCACCUCUGCCAAAAAGCGGGCCACGGCCCAAGCGGGACAAUGGUGCCCGGACGAGAUCGAUGA